UUAGAUCACUGUGUCCACUACUAUGAUCUUCGUAACACUAAACAACCAAUCAUGGUAUUCAAAGGACACCGAAAAGCAGUCUCUUAUGCAAAGUUUGUGAGUGGUGAGGAAAUUGUCUCUGCCUCAACAGACAGCCAGCUAAAACUGUGGAAUGUAGGGAAACCAUACUGUCUACGUUCCUUCAAGGGUCAUAUUAAUGAAAAAAACUUUGUAGGCCUCGCUUCUAAUGGAGAUUAUAUAGCUUGUGGAAGUGAGAACAACUCCCUUUAUCUGUACUAUAAAGGACUUUCUAAGACUUUGCUAACUUUUAAAUUUGAUACGGUCAAAAGUGUUCUGGACAAAGACAGAAAAGAAGAUGAUACAAAUGAAUUUGUUAGUGCUGUGUGCUGGCGGGCACUACCAGAUGGGGUAAGUUUUCAUAUCAGUUUUUUCACCUUGGUGUCUCAUAUAAUACUUUAUGUAUACACAGCAUUUUUUUGUUUUUUACUUUAAAGUAUAAGUUGGCAUGUGUGAUGUGUAUUUUCUUUUUUGCUUAGUAUUGUAUCACCAAAGAAAAUAGGCAUUAAAGUAAUAGUUGAAAUGUCACUAAUGGAACAAUGUCAUGCUGACAUGGUGUUCCUCCUAUGGACCUAUAACAUCUUGUAUGUACUCGCUUAUAGCCAUUAUCACAUUGUCUCUUUAUGUCUCUCCUAUAAGUCUGGAAAUUCCUCCAGAGUACACACACUGUGUCUCAUUUUCCUUAGUGAUCAUAUGCAGUAUGUGCUCAAUAAAUACUCAGCUGAGCUAGUAUUUUAAUAAUAAGAAAAAAAAAAUCGAUGUAGGUAAAGGAGAGUAGCCUAUACGUGCCCUAAUUAAAUACUUUUUCAGUGUAGAAUUGCUCGCUAUAAAAUACAUUUCUAUAAGAUAUUUAAACAUAUUUAAUUUCUUGACAAGAAAGUUACAUUAUUAGGUUAUGAAAAAAGCUUCCUCAAAUUUUCACUUAUUCAUACAUUUUAAUGUAUAAGUUCUUCCAUAAGUUAUAUGAAGAAAUAAUGCUUUUUACUAUCUUGAUUUAUGUAAACAUUAGUUGUUAGUGUCAACUUCCUAAAAAUAGCUUUUUAUGUGCUUACUUGGUUGUUUUUGUUCUCUAAGUAGAAUUAGAAAAGUUGGACAAAGUAUAUGUAUUUUAAAAACAAAAACCUGUUUGAAGGCAUUGGAAAGCAAACAAGACAGAAAAGAAUUACCAGACUAGGAAUGAGAGCCUUGGCUUUUGAGUCUACUUUUCCCCUGGGAGCAUUUGCCAAUUUUGGUGGGGUGGGCUGAAAGCACUAAUGGCAGCUUCACAGGGUCACAGGAAUUGGAGUCCAGUGCCUAUCACUGCAUGAGAGUGACUCACUUUGUUUUAGAUCCCCAAAGGGAUGUAAUCUAGGGUAAUCCGGUUGAAGAUAAGUCUUCACAGUGAUUGCCACUCAACUCUAAUCAUAUCAAUCCCUGAAACUGAAUUGAGGUGACACUGAAUUGCCAGUGUCCACAGCUAGCAAACUUGAAUUCAUUCUGAAAAAAGAUAAUAACAUCAUCUAAGGACUUCAUUUAUUUUCUCAGUUUUCCAAAUACAAUUACUAGGGCACAAUCACAAAUAAACAAACAUAGGAAAAGACAAGAUAGCAUGAGUGAAACCAGCAUAAGCAACAGAUAGGAGAAACAGAAUCACAGCAGCUUUGGAUAUUGGAGUUAUCGACAUAGCUUGAAAGUAACCGUGCUUACAAGAUGAAAGACAAGAUUGAGCAUUUUAACUGGGAACUGGAAACUAUUUUAAAAAUGAAAAUCCUAGAGCUGAAAAAAUAUAAUCAUCAAAAUUAAGAAUUCAGUGGAUGGGUUGAAUGGAAGACAAAGUAGAAAAAAGAAUUAAUGAACUGAGAGGUAAAUUAGGAGAAAUUAUACAGAUGGAAGCAUAGAGAGACAAAAAUGAUUUUAAGAAAUAUGGAAAAGGAGGGUCAAGUAAAAGCAUUUGACUUAUUUAGCAGGAGACCUAAAGGGAGAGAAGAGAAAUAAUAUAGCAGGAGCAAAUAUUAGAAGGGAUUAUUUGAGGACUAUACGGAGUUAAUGAAAUACAUCAAGCCAGAAAUUCAGUAAACCUUUGAAUUGCAGAGAAUGAAUGACUUGAAAUCUGCAAUGUUAGUAAAGGUUGAACAUCAUUCCUGGACUUGAACAGACCUAGGCCUGCCUGAAAAAAAAUCUGGCCUUGGGUCUGUCUGCUCAUGGCAUUAUUUCCUUGGGAAUAUACUGAGUUAAGACGAAUAUGGAAUGUUAUGUGCUAGGGGCUGGUUAUCUCUUA